AUGGAGAGAAAAUAUAUCACACAUCAGAAGGUUCACAAUGGAGGGAAGCCAUAUCCUUGUUCUGAAUGUGACAAAACUUUUAUAAGCAAGUGCGAGCUUACAGUACACCAACGAGUUCACACUAGAAAGAAGCCAUAUCAGUGUUCUGAAUGUGAUAAAGCUUUUACUCGGAAGUCACAUCUUCUCACACACCAGAGGAUUCACACUGGAGAGAAACCAUAUCAGUGUUCUGAAUGUGAUAAAGCUUUUAUACAGAAAUCACUUCUUAUCAAUCACCAGAGUAUUCACACUGGAGAGAAGCCAUAUCAGUGUUCUGAAUGUGAUAAAGCUUUUACUCGGAAAUCACAUCUUCUCACACACACCAGAGGAUUCACACUGGAGAGAAGUCAUAUCAGUGUUCUGAAUGUGACAAAGCUUUUUCACAGAAGUCAGAUCUUAUCACACACCAGAGGAUUCCCACUGGAGAGAAGUCAUAUCAGUGUUCUGAAUGUGAUAAAGCUUUUCCAGAGAAGUCAAAUCUUAUCAGACACCAGAGGAUUCACACUGGAGAGAAGCCAUAUCAGUGUUCUGAAUGUGAUAAAGCUUUUACACAGAAGUCAAAUCUUCUCAAACACCAGAGGUUUCACACUGGAGAGAAGUCAUAUCAGUGUUCUGAAUGUGAUAAAGCUUUUACAGAGAAGUCAAAUCUUCUCAUACACCAGAGGAUUCACACUGGAGAGAAGUCAUAUCAGUGUUCUGAAUGUGAUAAAGCUUUUACACAGAAGUCACAUCUUAUCAGACACCAGAGGAUUCACACUGGAGAGAAGUGUUCGAUAUCAGUGUUCUGAAUGUGAUGUGAAAAGCUUUUACACAGAAGUCAAGUCUUAUCACACACCAGAGGAUUCACACUGGAGAGAAGUCAUAUCAGUGUUCUGA